CUUGUCUCUGGAAGUCUAGAGGAGAAGCAAUGGGCCCAGAACCUCUCUGGACCCUUUCUCCAGCUAGGAACAUGAGGAGCUUGUCUUUGGAGACCCUGGCUGCCCUCCAUAAAUGACCAACCAAGGCAGGCUCUUCUGGCCCAAGUCUCGCUCCUUAGACUACAUGUACAGUGCUGGGGAGAUGUUGCUACAGAAUUUCCCUGUCCAGGCCACCAUCAACUUAUAUGAGGAUUCUGACAGUGAAGAGGAUGAGAAAGACAAGGAGGACGACGAAGAUGAAGAGGUCAAUGAAAGAGGACCAGAAAAGUGUGUGAGGGUACCAGAGGCCGAACCACACCAGGCCACAGCUAAUUAUCCUAACCCACCCUUGACCUGUCCAAAUUGAAGCAGUCCCAGUUAUGCUUGGCAGGUGUCCAAAGGCAUUGAUUAGCACAGAGUCUCCAGGCAUGGUUUUUCUGGACUCAAACCAGUGUCCUCAGGCUGUCUAGCUCACCCUGGCUUUUCUGAUCAGCCUGACAGUCUAGACCUCUGGUAUGCUCUUGUCUGGGCUGUUCUUGUGCCAACAGUAGGAGGUUCCUAAAACCUGUUGUGAAGACCAGAUUUGUGAAGCCCUCAAGAAGUAGAGCAAGGCCAGGGAUGCCUUUGUAUAAGAGAGCAGUCACUACACAGGGACCUUUGAUUUCCCAGUUUUUAAAGACACCAACACCAGAUCCAAGAAAAAAGGAAAGGGAAGGGAACGGAAGGAAAGGGAAAGGAAGGAGACAUCUUGAGAAUUUGUUUCUCUGGGGACCUCCGUCCCACUUUGCCUACCAUUCAUUCAGACUGGGUGUUAGCCUUA